AUGCAGGCCCUCGAUGGGCCAAAGCGAUCCUACCGCCACGACCGUCACCAACAGCACCAACAACCCUUGCCGGAAGUGAGCAGCCGUGUCACGUCCUGUUUGGGAUUCGUGCCGCAAACGAAACUCGUCCCAAUCCGUGCCACGAUCUGGCUGUGGGUGCUGUGUGUCUGCAGCUUUGCCGUUGCUCCUGCCCGGGCCGGACCACGGUACAGUUCGCGCAUCGUCGAUACAAAGUCGGGCGCUAUCCGGGGCGUUAUUCUCGAGCUCAACUCGAAGCACCUCGAGCCAGUGGAGGUUUUUAAAGCUGUGCCGUACGCGACACCACCGAUAGGAAGUUUACGUUUUGAGCCACCGAAGAAACUUCCACCGUGGAAAGGAACCAAGUUGGCGGACACCUUUGGAUCCGUGUGCCCACAGAGUUUUCCCGACAUCAGCAAUCGGACGGCAGCACUACUCUCGAUGCCGAAGGGGCGUUACCAGCAUCUGAAGCGACUGCAGCCAUUGCUGGCGAACCAGAGCGAGGACUGCCUGACGCUCAACAUUUACGUCCCCGGAAGUGGAAGUCGCGGACUGGAGGCACCCUAUUCAAUUUUCUUCUACAUCCACGGUGAAGCGUACGAUUGGGGCUCCGGCAACCCGUACGACGGUUCGGUACUAGCCAGCUACGGUCACGUCAUAGUUGUUACAGUCAAUUUUCGUUUAGGAAUACUCGGUUUUCUAAAAACUCGUGCCUCACUGUCACCCGGUUCCGGCGGUAAUCUAGGAUUAAUGGACAUCAUUCUCGCUCUGCAGUGGGUACGAGAUAACAUUGCGUCGUUCGGCGGUGACCCGAAGCGCAUCACCCUGGUGGGCCACGAUACAGGAGCCGCACUCGCGAAUCUCGUCCUGAUCUCCAAGUCGGGAAAGGGACUCGUGCAAAGAGCUAUCCUUGUGAGUGGUUCGGCACUCAGCCCGUGGGCACUCAUCCCGGACCCGGACGCGGUGCGGUUGGAAGUGUCCCAGCAGAUGGCGUGCCAUCUAGUGCCGGGCCGGAACGGUCGGAAACCAUCGACGGAGGACAUUACCGAAUGCCUGCGGGAUAAACCGAUCGAGGCGCUCAUGGGCGUACGGUUGACCAGUGUACGGUUCAUGCCUUCCUGGGGACCGUCCCUGCCGCUGGAGGACUCGAUGGAUCCCGAGUUUGCCAUGGAGCACUCGGGCGAAGGCUUCAUCACCAGCGAGCUAAUGCUGGGCAUGAGUACCACCGAAAGCUACAACGACUUUAGCGCGUCAGACAUUCAGUACGGCCUAGAGGAAGAUCAACGAAACAGGUUGCUGCGGACGUACAUUCGCAAUGCGUUCACGUUCCAUCUGAACGAGAUAUUCUCCGCCGUCCGGAACGAGUACACCGACUGGGACAAACCAAUCCAACAUCCAAUCAAUAUCAGAGACUCCACUAUGGAAGCCUUGAGCGAUGGCCAUACGGUGGCACCCAUCAUUAAGGUGGCUUAUCUGCAUGCGCGACGAGGUGCAAAGACUUACAUGUUUCAUUUCGGUUACCAAAGCAAGGAAAGUGAAUAUCCGCAGCGGCUGGGUAGUGUCCGGGGUGAAGAACUACCGUACAUCUUCGGACUACCGCUUGUGCAGGGUGGUCCGGUCUUCCCGCAGAACUUCUCGCGCCAGGACAUGGGUGUCAACGAGGCAGUGCUGAACUUCGUGACCAACUUCUGCAAAACGGGUGACCCGAAUGAGGCCGGGCACCAGCAAGCACAACCGCUCCAUCCCGACUACGGCACGGCAAAAGAGCGGACCCGUUUCCGGCUCAUCACGUGGGAAACGUACGAAACUACCACGCAGCAGUAUCUUAGCAUCUCUACGAAGCCAAAAAUGCGCAGCCACUACCGGGGACACAAGAUGGCACUUUGGUUGAACCUAAUUCCGCAACUUCACCGACCGGGCGACCCGGAUGUUUCCAUGCGACACCAUCACUUCCGUGAGCGGGAACCACACUAUUAUGCCGGAUCAGUACGUGCCGAAUCGUUCAGCCGUCCGCGAUCACUCUACCAGAACGGUGUCAUCAACGAUGCGCAGGAAUCGCGCCAGGAAUCGUUCGGCACCGAGUGUACACCGGAUCCGACAAUGGGUGAGGUCCUGCAGGAGAGUGGCAGUGGUCCGGGUGACGCUAUCGGGAACGUGCUGAGCGAGGAGGAGGAAGCGGAACUGCUGGAAAAGCUUGCCAACCGGCACUACUACAGCUAUACAGCUGCCCUUGGCGUUACGGUCGGGGUUGGGUGUUUGUUGCUGCUGCUCAACAUGUUGAUCUUUGCUGGUAUCUAUUACCAGCGCGACCGCACGAAACGGAAAUCGCAAGCCUCGCAAUCGAGCGGAACGGCCGGUGGUAGUUGCGUUACGACCGGUACAUCCGCCUCGCUUUCGGGCAGCAAUGGAACGCCGGACGCGUCGGAAAUUCCACUCACGAGCAUACCGACUCCAUCGCCGGUCAAAGCAAAGCGUACGUUUGAACCACCGCCCAGCUACGCGACACUACCGAAGCGAACAGCCGGGAAUAACAAUGGCGCCGGUACGGGCGUUGGAAGCGUACAUCAUCAGCACCACCAUCAUCAUUUGCAUCAGCAUCUGCAAGGUGCUUCGAGUGGGACGAAAGAGACGAAGCUCGGUUCGCCUCCGACGUCCACCCGUUCCGGUUCCAGUACGCUCGGACGAUCCGGCACGGGGAGUUUCUACGACUCGUCCACAAACAGUCGGCAGUCGCAACAACAACAGCAGUAUUUGGCCCAACAACAGAUAAUCUCGCCACACAGCAGCAGCGUCGCCCACACGGCAGUGACAAUAACGCCGACAGCUACCGUCAGCCAUCAUCAAACGUUGCCACGUGCCAGCAAAGCGCCCCUUCCACCGAUCCGUUCUACGACCAGCAGCAGUAGCAACGCUUCCACAUCCUCCGGUACGGCUUCCACCUCCAUCGCACCACUGACGUCCAUCCUUGUAAAUAGCAGCAACAACAACAACCACCACCAUCAGCAUCACUAUCCGCAGCAGGGCUGCGAGAUGGCAACACUGCCACCGCAACCAAACAGCAACGUCAUAACGGUGGAUCUGGUAAGCUCGACCACGACGGCCACCGGAAGCUCAUCGGGUGUGGGUGGCCAACAUCAUCAGCAUCACCACCAUCACCAUCAUGCGCACCACCAUGCGAACGGUGCUGGACCGGCCGGCACGACCACCGCAGGGAACACUGCUGGACCACCCGCUGGCAACACGGCCACGCUCAAGAAACGCGUCCAGAUCCAGGAGGUAACCGUAUAG